CAGCGUGGAGCCGCCGGGGCAGUGUCCAGUCACUGCGGUUCCGAUUCCAGAACGUGGCUCCUCUCAGCAGCUGCCAGGCGGCGAGGCAGGAAGAUGCAGUGUUGGGAGAAGUUCACCAGUAAAAACAUGCUCAGUAUGGCCACAGGAGCUGGGGCCAUCUACCUGCUGUACAGGACCAUCCAAGCAGGACUGGACAGCCCUCCCUUCAGCAUGGAGCCUGUCAGCAUUGCCAAACUCGCUGUGCAGCAAGAGAAUUUAGGUCCGAAGGAUUCUGGAGAGCUGCGGAGGCUCCUGAUGUCCCUGAACCAGAAGCAGGAUGAAUACGCCAAGAGCAUGAUACUACACAGCAUCACGCGCUGCGUUUACCUGCUGGAGUCGGAGGCCUCUGCCUGCUCCUAUGAGGACAUCCGGCUGGUGGCAUCCUACCUGGAUGACAGAGAUAAAGACGUCAAGAUCCACGCCCUGAAUACCCUCAAGGCUUUCGCUGGCAUCCGGAAGUUUAGAAUUAAAAUCCAGGAGUUUGUGCCCAAGAUCUUGGAGCUGGUCACCUCCUACUGGGAUGCGGACCUGCACAUUGCGGGGCUGAGGCUCCUGAACGGGCUGCCCCUGCCAGAUCACACUCACCCCCUCCUGAGGAGGGCGAUGCCUGCCCUGAUGGAAAUUGUGCAGACAGGGAGCAGCCUGGCUCAGGUCCAGGUUCUCAAGCUCUUGAGCACCCUGGCCCAGAAAGAAGACCUCCUGUAUGACAUCCUGAACUGCCAGGUGCAUGCUGACUUCCUGAACCUCUUCCAUGCCUCGCUGCCUGGGAACCUGCUCCGAGAGGUGCUGGUGUUUGCGGAGCGGCUGAGUGAGGGCCGCUUGACCCCGCAGUACCAGUCGGUGCACUGGGAGUACAACGAGCUGUCCCUGCACGAGGCGCUCUUCGGGGACAGCUCCCGCUUGGCUGACCGCCUGCUCGCUCUCAUCAUCCACCCUGAGGAGGAGGUGCAAAUCCAGGCCUGCAAGGUCAUCCUCAGCCUCCAGCUCAGCAAGGAGGAAGCGGCAACCAUCAGCACCGCCCAGCGCGUGCAGAGCUCCUUCUUUGACAAGGACAAAGAGGACCUGUGCGAGAACUAGAGGCCGGAGGCAGCAUAACCAGAGUGAUCAUCAGAGAUUAAUAA